AUGUUUCAUGUCGCAAAAUCCUUGUUUCGACUUCUCUUGACUCUUACUAUCACUAUACAUGUCGUUGCAUAUGUCGUUCCAAAAGAGGUUCAGCCUUCCACUGAAGUCGUUUCCUCAGUUGAUGCAACCGAAGAAGAAUUUCCUGAAGUGAUUCCUGGCCCAGGAAUGCCCCGUCUAGCGUCUCUGAACCUCACCUCUGCGGACCUAUAUCGCGGUACCAUACCUAGCUUUGGUAAGUUUAAAGGUGCAGCUGCGAUGGUCCGCCCUCACCUGACUUCGCGUAGCUGGGGAGAAAGGGCUCAGCAAGCUCCUAAAGGUUGCUUUAACAGCAACAGGAACUGUCCGCUUGAUGCUGCUGUCGCUUUGUACAACUACCUUUACAAUGCUGGAGGCUUACUUUUUUAUACAAAUUCACCAAGGACUCUGUUGGUCAGUACAGCAAACUGCGACAUAGUGGGUGUGCCAACAGAAGGUGUCACAGGAUCUUCGUGGUAUAUUCUCUCAAACCCAAUCGUUGUCGCCUUCGGGUGCGGUCACGACGGAGGCUACGCCGGAUCAGGGUGGGAUUAUGCUCAUGGCAAUGGCAAUUUUAUUGUCGAAAUGGGCCUGCGAUAG